GCAGGAGCUGGUGCAUGGCUGAAUCCUCCCCGCUCCCGGGUUAAUCCGCAUCCUCUCGCUAACUCCAGAGCUAAUGUGAAGGCGUGUACAAUGCCAAUACCGCGCGCUCGCAAGCCGGGUCAGAGCGAGGAUCCUGGCCCAGGCGGCCACCCGGGUGCAGCGCCAGUUUCAGAGGACCGACGGCUCCCCCUGCUUCCCGGGCGGCACACGGAGCACCGCCGCCUAAGGACUGAGCACCAAAACGCCCGCCUGCAAGGUCUCCGGCGCGCUGGCAACCGCGAGCCGCCGCCACUGCCGGGUCUCCGUGGGUGCCUGCGUCCCUUCCACCGCGCGCUCGCCUGCCUGGACAUCCGCUCCACCUGCCGCGGGUGCUCGGCGGUGCUGCCCAUGGCCCAGCCUGAGAGCCGAUUGAGGGCGCCCGACGGGCUGGACGGCGGCGUGGCUCAGGGAGAAAAGAACCUGGACCAAGCCUAGCCAGGAGCCACCCCACAAUACCAGUAAUUGGCGGUCCGCAUCGCCCAUGACCCACUGAUCGGAGGCCACACCCUCGCUGCACGCUUCAUGACCCAGCGGCACUCGGCCCAGUGAAGCCACCGUGGUGUCCAGCAUGGCCGCGCUGCUCCUGGGCGCGGUGCUGCUGGUGGCCCAGCCCCAGCUAGUGCCUUCCCGCCCCGCAGCCCCCGGAGCCGAGCGGGGCCAGCAGGAGCUGGUGCGGAACGCGGGCACAGUCCAGGGCGACAUGGGGGACCGUGCGGCCCCCAACGGCUCCGUGCAGCAGCUGCCGCGGACCAUCAUCAUCGGCGUGCGCAAAGGCGGCACGCGCGCGCUGCUGGAGAUGCUGAGCCUGCACCCCGACGUGGCGGCCGCCGAGAACGAGGUGCACUUCUUCGACUGGGAGGAGCACUACAGCCACGGCCUGGGCUGGUAUCUCAGCCAGAUGCCCUACUCCUCGCCACACCAGCUCACCGUGGAGAAGACGCCCGCCUACUUCACGUCGCCCAAAGUGCCUGAGAGGGUCCACAGCAUGAACCCGGCCAUCCGGCUGCUGCUCAUCCUGCGGGACCCGUCGGAGCGCGUGCUGUCUGACUACACCCAAGUGUUCUACAACCACUUGCAGAAGCGCAAGCCCUACCCGACCAUCGAGGAGUUCUUGGUGCGGGACGGCCGGCUCAACGUGGACUACAAGGCGCUCAACCGCAGCCUGUACCACGUGCACAUGCAGAACUGGCUGCGCUUCUUCCCGCUGCGCCACAUCCACAUCGUGGACGGCGACCGCCUCAUCAGGGACCCCUUCCCCGAGAUCCAGAAGGUGGAGAGGUUCCUGCAGCUGUCGCCGCAGAUCAACGCCUCGAACUUCUACUUCAACAAAACCAAGGGCUUCUACUGCCUGCGGGAUGGCGGGCGAGACCGCUGCUUGCACGAGUCCAAGGGGCGGGCUCACCCCCAGGUGGAUCCCAAGCUGCUCAGCAAACUGUACGAAUAUUUUCACGAGCCAAAUAAGAAAUUCUUCGAGCUCGUGGGCAGAACAUUUGACUGGCACUGAGUUGCAGUAAGCUUAGGCCCUGGACAUUUGCUAUUGUCAGUUCGGGUGUACAUGGGGGGAGGGGAGAAUUUUAAAAGGGCAUUUAAGCUAUAAUUUAUUUGUAAAAUCCAUAAAUUACUUCUGUACAGUAUUAGAUUCACAAUUGCCAUAUCUAUAUAUAUAUAUAUAUACUAGUUAUAUUUUUCUACUUGUUAAAUGGAGGGCAUUUUGUAUUGUUUUUCAUGGUUGUUAACAUUGUGUAAUAUGUCUCUAUAUGAAGGAACUAAACUAUUUCACUGCAAAAAAAAAAAAAGAAAAAAUAGAUUUUUCUGGAGACGCUGUCUUUUUUUAAAUAUAACUGACUUGCCCCCAACUCAAAAUAGCUGUCUGUGUUGCACUCCUUGCAGAAUCUAUAUUCAUUUGUUACUUAAAAAAGUAAGGUUUUCAUGGCUAUUAAGAUGGUCUCUCCUCCCCUUUCCUUUCUGCUUUGCUCUUUUUAAUUAUUAAUGUCUCACUGUGGUCAUCGGAUUUAUUUAUUUUUUGCUUGCAUUGUAAGAUGUAUCUUCACUGAGUUUUCCUAUUAUUCAUGGAGGUUGCAUUGUCACCCAUUCCUGACUGCAGCAGGUACCCUCUGCAUGUGGCUUUUAAUCCCAAGUAAGCCCAGUAUGGAAAAAGUCAUGUUAAGAAUGGAGAAGCUGUUAAUAACCUGCAAGAGGUUCCCUGUAAUCCAUCUUUGUGGUCAGGAAUAUUUGCAGAUACUUCUGAUCUUAGCAAUCAGCAAACCACUAGUAAAGGGGAUUAUACCCUUGGCCUUCACAGUGUUUGGGGCUGUGUGCUCUGCUCCCUGUUGACAGCCUCUGGCAGGCCACUUAGAAUGGACAGUGGAAAUUGCAAAAUCUCUGUUGUGUGUUUCCAUCUUUUAGAUGCUGUGAAAAACUGACUGAAGUGGUAGCUCUUGCUUAGUUUGGAAGCCCAUGUUUAUUUCCUGAAAGAUCAACGUACAUUUAUAGACAGAUACACCCCAUGCAUUGGAACAUAAAUGUGUGAAUGUUUCAAAAUCAACUCCAAGCUUGGAA